CAGCAGUAUUUGCAAAACACGCGCAUAAAAAGAAGCAUCGACUUCCAAAAAUAAAACCGAAGUUCUCCGACUCGUGCACACAAGUCAUCUCCGUCGUCUCCAGCUGGAUGCUCUAGUCGCAUCCUAUGCUCCAGCACUCGCAGCUGCGUCAUUUAUGAACGCAGCAAUUUGAUAAAACAUUAAGUGUGCUCGCAAUUCGGCCGACAGUCGCGCGCUUCGAACAAUGCGAAUGCCAUUCAAUUAAGCGCGAGCGCCGCGCGCGCGCCUGAUAAACCACGAAACAAAAUCGGUGCUAAUUAAAAUCGCCUCUGUCCGGAUUUUCGCCGCUGCUGCGCGUAACAAAUAGCAAAUAUUUGCGAAAUUUGCGACCUCACCAUCUUAAUUAUCAGCCGGAUUGUUUCUAACGAUCGUGUAUCGACUCAGUUCGACACGAGAAUCACAACGCUACGCACACUAGCUGUUUAUCAGUUAAUUUUUGUUACUAAUCAGCGAUAGUGAAACAAGUGUAUUGUUAUAAUGAUUCUAUCGGAGGAGGUACCCUAUGAGACACUCGUCGAUGAACGAUUUAUGCUCGCAUGGAUAAAAAAUCCAACAUGGUGGAAACGUCGAACGAGCAUGGAGCGCGGCCUCACCUUCAUCUCGGUGGUCGCACUCAUCGUCACCGUCUCGCUGGCCGUCGCCCUCGCAACAGUAUUAUACAAGAAUAAAUAUCCAGGUGACGACAAUCUUCACACAGCCGAAGCCUACGUGAGUGCUAAAGUACCGCCAGCGUCCGGUAAUACCUACCAACAUGGCCACAAGGAAUCCAAAGAUGAUAUCUGCCUCACACCCGGGUGUAUCCACACCGCGUCGAAGGUCCUCGAUUCGAUGGAUACCAGCGUUGAUCCUUGCGAUGAUUUCUAUCAAUUCGCAUGCGGCAACUUUGUGAAGAAUACGAAUAUCCCCGAUGAUAAAUCUUCGGUGACUGUGUUCUCAACUAUUAGUGACUUGUUGCAAGAGCAGCUGCGCACUAUGAUUGAAGAACCCAUUGAUCCCAAAGAGCCGAAACCCUUCCAGUUGACCAAAAAGAUGUAUAAGGCUUGCAUGAAUAAGACGGCUAUUGAAGCUGAUGGUUUGAAGACUAUCAACGCCAUUUUUAAGGAGUUGGGUGGGUGGCCUGCUUUGGAUGGUGAUCAAUGGAAGGAGGCUGAAUUUGAUUGGAGGGAGGCCGUGUACAGAUUCAGGAAAGUUGGGUACAGCGUGGAUUACUUUAUGGAUUUCUCGGUUGGGAUUGAUUUGAAGAAUUCAUCUAGGAGAAUAAUUGAUUUGGACCAAGCCGCUUUAGGUCUGAGGAGAGAGUUUCUCAUCAAAGGUAUUGAAGACAAGCUGGUCAAAGCUUACUAUGAUUAUAUGGUUGACAUUGCUGUCUUGUUCGGUGCCAAGAGGGAAACUGCCGCGACGGAACUGAAAGAAUCUUUGACUUUUGAAAUUGCCUUGGCUAAUAUUUCCCUGCCAAAUGAAAAGAGACGUAACGCUACUGCCCUUUAUAAUCCAAUGACCAUUUCUGAACUGCAAACAAAAUACAACAGCAUCCCAUGGGUUAAAUAUAUCAACACUCUGUUGGCCCCGGAUACCGAGGUGGGACAAGAUGAGGUGAUCAUCGUUAGCGUGCCUCAAUAUUUGAAGGACUUUGAGAAUUUGAUUGCACAAACACCAAAAAGAGUUCAAGCCAAUUAUCUAUUGUGGCGUGCCGCUGCUUCCUCUGUAACCUACCUCACCGAAGAGUUGCGCAAUCGACAACUUCAAUACAGCACUAUUGUUACUGGUAAAACCGAACGCGCUUCCAGGUGGAAGGAAUGCAUUGAUAUCUCGGCUGGAAGUUUACCGAUUGCUGCUGGUGCUCUUUACGUGCGCAAAUACUUCAAUGAAGAUGCGCGUCAGAGUGCCAAGGAGAUGGUGGCUGAUAUCAGGGCUGAAUUUAAGGAGAUUGUUAAGAAGGUUGAUUGGAUGGACGAGAAGACGCGUCAGAGUGCUCUGGAAAAAGCCGAUUCUAUGUCUACGCACAUUGCCUACCCUGAUGAACUGUUGGAUAACAGUAAAUUGGAAGAAUUCUAUCAGAAUUUGGAACUUGAGGAUGGCAACUAUAUGAGAUCAAUUUUGAAUUUGACAUUGUUCGGUACCGAGUUCAGCUUUAGAAGGUUGCGGCAAGCAGUCAAUAAGACCGAUUGGAUUACCCAUGGACGUCCAGCAAUCGUCAACGCUUUCUAUUCAUCGAUUGAAAACAGUAUUCAAUUCCCUGCUGGUAUUCUGCAAGGCGUCUUCUUCAACAAUGAUCGUCCCAAGUAUAUGAAUUACGGCGCCAUUGGUUUUGUUAUUGGCCAUGAAAUUACUCAUGGAUUUGAUGAUCAAGGACGGCAGUUCGAUAAGGAUGGUAAUUUGGUUGAUUGGUGGGCGCCGGAGACACAGCAAGCGUUCGUUAAGAAAGCUCAAUGUAUUAUUGAUCAAUAUGGCGGCUACAAUGUCACGGAAAUUGGCAUCAACCUGAACGGCAUCAACACGCAGGGGGAGAACAUCGCCGAUAACGGCGGCAUCAAGGAGGCUUACCUGGCGUACAAUCGCUGGGUGGCGGAGAAGAAUGGCGGGCGUCCAGAACCGCGUCUGCCCGGCGUGCCCUACGGCGGGCGGCAGCUCUUCUGGAUCUCGGCGGCGCGCGUCUGGUGCUCGAAGACGCGCACGGAGACGCUGCGCCAGCUUGUCAUUACCGACGAACAUUCUCCAGACAGGUAUCGCGUCGUCGGCGCUCUCGCCAACAUGGAGUACUUCGCGCGCGACUUUCGUUGCCCACUGGGCUCGCACAUGAAUCCGAAGAACAAGUGCAAGAUUUGGUAGUGAUCAGAGCAAUCCGGAUGAGAUUUUUUAUUAAACAAGCAAAAUGUUAACAAAAAAAUUGAAACAAACGAGUAGCACACAAGUUGGAACAAAAAAUAAAACGGAAUAGAAAAUGGAAGUGAUCAUCAACUUCGGGACUCAUUGCUACUCGCCUCGAAUGGAAAGACUUUUGAUAUUUUUAAAUUUAUUGAGAGCGGCGUAACGCGUCGUCUAGUAUUUUCGGGAUUUGACACAUUUUUAUAUUUAUUGGACAUUACACUAAUUAUUGAGAGUAUUAAUAUAGCCAGUCGGAAAGUUACCAAAAACGUGAAAUGUACAAAAACUCGAAUAUUGUCAAUGAUCAAUCGAUAACAAUAUUACUUGAAGGUUACCAGUAAAAAGAGUACAAACGCACACACACACAAUUAAGAAGAAACAUACACAUUUACUUAAAAAACGACAUUUGUACUUAACUUUCUUGAUAAUUACUAUUGCUAGUUUAAAUUUAAAACAGAAAAAAGAAACGAAAAGAUUAAUAUAUGAACAUAUUUAAACUCUUAAGAAUUAAAGACCAAAUAAAUGAGAAAUUAUAUAAUUA